UGAAAUCACUAGUGUUGGCAUCGUUACUAUUCAUGGUGUCAGCAAGUUUGGAAAGUGACUUUGAUAGUUCAGAUAUUUUUGAAGACAAAUCAUACGCCAUUUGCAAAUAUGGUGAAACACAAUGUGGAGAGAGCUGUCGAAACAUGAAAAAAGAAAUUUGUUGCAAUGGUAUCCCAAAACCAUACCUUUAUUAUGGAAGAUGCGGUUUAAAAGGUUGCAUAAACUGGCAAAAAGAAAUUUGUUGUGAUGGCAUUGCUAGACCAAAGAAAGAAUACGAAAUUUGCGGUGAAAAAUGCAUAAAGUUAAAAUAUUACUACUGCUUGCAAGGAAAAGUUUAUGAAAAAGUAGAAGAUCAACAGUAACGUUUUGCCA